UGAGAAGCCAGCCAAUUACGACUAAUUACCAAAUGGUCACUUGCCUCCUGCUCAGAAAAACAGAUGUUCGUGACCUUCCUAAGCCUCGAUUCCAAUCUUCAGCUAUAGUAAAGGGAGAAAAGGGGCGUAGAUUAUAUAGCUAGAUGUGUUUUUUGUUUUGAAUGAUAAACAGUUAGCUUUUGUAGAGCUCUCAAAAUGAGGGAAAUAGUAGAUAUGGGGGGAGGUAGCAAAAAGUGGCGUAGGUUUUGUGGUUCAUCAUCAAUAUCUUCUGUCCAACUUUUGCUGUUUAUGGUGGUGCCAUUGAUAGUGGUAUCUGGGUUCGUUUCUCAUGUAUUGGGUCCAUUAACCUCCAAUAGGGUUUUAUUAUCCAAAUACCCCUGGCUAUGGAGCUCUAUUCUCCGUACUACUAAUUCUUCUUCUUCUUCUUCUUCUUCUUCUUCUUCUCCUGUUUCGUCAGUAAAAGAGAACGGAAAGCGUUUGGAUUUUCUGUCACAAGUGGGUGUGGCACAAGUUCUCAAUAUGGAAGAAGCUAUCUCCAAUGAUUCUCUGAUAAAUCGGUCGUCUACUCCUCCACACGAUAUAGAAGCUGCUAUACAGAAUGGUCCUUACAUGGAAAAUGUGUACAAUGAUUCCGUGAGUGGGCCAACUGCUUCAACGAAUAAAUCUCAUCAUGCGACCGGUUUAGAUAGAAUUGAAGCCGGUCUUAGAAGAGCUCGAGCAGCAAUUAAGGAAGCUAAACAAUAUGGAAACCAAACUCAUGAAAUAUUAGAUCCUGACUACGUUCCGGACGGUCCCAUUUACAGGAAUGCCAAAGCCUUUUACAGGAGCUACGUGGAAAUGGAAAAGCAACUCAAAAUAUUUGUCUAUGAAGAAGGGCAACCCCCAUUGUUUCAUAACGGUCCUUGCAGGAGCAUAUACUCUACAGAAGGAAAUUUCAUCCAUGGGAUUGAGAUGAAUGAGCAGUUCAGAACCCGAGAUCCUGAGAAAGCACAUUUGUUUUUCCUCCCUUUCAGUGUGGUAAUGAUGGUCCAAUUUGUAUACGUGCCUGACUCUUACAAUUUUGGUCCCAUUAAGCAGACUGUUGCAGAUUAUAUCAAUCUAAUAGCAGGAAAGCACCCAUAUUGGAAUCGAAGCAUAGCAUCCGAUCAUUUUAUGCUUUCCUGCCAUGAUUGGGGGCCAGAAACUUCCCGUUCCAGUCCUUAUCUUUUCAAAAACUCAAUUAGAGUUCUUUGCAAUGCUAAUACGUCAGAGGGUUUCAACCCCACCAAGGACGUGUCCUUCCCAGAGAUCAAUCUCCGAACUGGUUCGUUAAAAGGAUUUAUCGGCGGGCCAUCCCCAUCUCGUCGGCCAAUCUUGGCUUUCUUUGCUGGAGGUCUCCAUGGCCCCGUCAGACCAGUCGUUUUUGAGCACUGGGAAAACAAAGAUGAAGAUAUAAGGGUGCACAAGUACCUUCCAAAAGGCAUCUCCUACAUUGACAUGAUGAGAAAAAGCAAGUAUUGCUUAUGCCCAAGUGGCUACGAAGUUGCAAGCCCAAGAGUUGUGGAGGCCAUUUACGGAGGUUGUGUUCCAGUUCUGAUUUCAGACCAUUAUGUUCCGCCGUUUAGUGAUGUUUUGAAUUGGAAGACCUUCUCUGUCGAGGUUCCGGUUAAUGAUGUUCCAAACCUGAAGAAAAUCCUAAUGGCGAUUUCUCCAAGGCAGUAUAUAAGAAUGCAAAGGAGGGUGGUACAGGUAAGGAGGCAUUUUAUGGUUCAGUCUCCACCUAAGCGAUUUGAUGUCUUUCACAUGAUCCUCCAUUCUGUCUGGCUUAGAAGACUGAAUGUUCGUGUCCCUAAUGAUGCCGAUGCGUUGUGACUGGUGCAUGGUACGUACCACACCUAGAUGGAAUUUCUACGAAAUUCAAAACGACAAAGAGGUAGUUUUUAGGUAUGCAUUUGACAACAGUACUGCACCUACCAGCUUCACAGGUAAACAACAUAUGGCAUUUACUAGAUCAUGAAUUUCAAUUCAAUUUAUUCCACUUUUGAAAUAUGUGAAAUUAAUGAUGGGCAUUAACAAUGUGGACAAGCUGCUUGGAUUAUCUUCAUUCUGGUUCAAAUUAAGUUAUCAUGUACGUACGUGCAUAUAUUGUGAACGCAGCAAAAGUUUAUUAUUGUUUCCUAUCGGUUUUGUAUUAAUUUUAAACAAAUUGUUUACAAGCUGUA